CCCCCUGGAGGGUUAAGCCACCAGCUUCACCUUGACCUUCCUUCCCUGCCGCCCACUAAAAGUGACCGGAAGAAGAGCUCGACUAUGACGACUCGGGACUACAAGUCCCGGCAUGCAUCUCUCCGCGUCUAUCGCAAAACCUUUCAACUUUAGGAUAAAAGGGCUUUUGGCAACCUUGAGCGUCGGGACCUGUAGUCGCCCCAGUUGGGGCUAGACGCUUGCCGUAGGGAACUCAUUGGCGCCCAGGGCACCACCCCCUCGCCUUCGUCUCACGUAGCUUCACCAGCUCGCAAACACGGCGCGUGCCCACGCCCUCCGCCCCCUCCCCGGGCCUAGGGCGCAGGCGCGCGCAAGCUCCCCGGGCCCAGUAGGCUGGGGGUGGGGGGAGAAGAAGAAGGAGGGGAAGGGACGGGGGGUUGGGUGUCUACUCUGGUGAAUAGACGGCUGUGGGGCAGAGAAGCGUGAAGGCCUGGCUGCCGGGCAGGUGAACUCUCCACGGGGUCUAGGGCCCGCGGAAGGGUUCGGAACCGAGUCAGCCGCCUUGCGGGCAGGAUUCACGCCGCUGCGACCCGGAGGUCCUCAGGGGUCGAAGCCCCGGCCUAGGCCUCGCGGAGAUGCCCAGCUGCGGUGCUUGUACUUGCGGCGCGGCGGCCCUCCGGCUCAUCACCUCCUCACUCGCCUCCGCGCAGAGAGGUAUUUCUGGUGGUCGCAUUCAUAUGUCAGUUUUAGGAAGGCUUGGGACAUUUGAAACUCAGAUUCUGCGAAGAGCUCCUCUUAGAUCCUUUACAGAAACACCAGCAUACUUUGCCUCAAAAGAUGGGAUAAGUAAAGAUGGUUCUGGAGAUGGAAAUAAGAAAUCAGCAAGUGAGGGAAGUAGUAAGAAAUCAGGCUCUGGGAAUUCUGGGAAAGGUGGAAACCAGCUGCGCUGUCCUAAAUGUGGCGACUUGUGCACACAUGUAGAGACCUUUGUAUCAUCCACGCGUUUUGUCAAGUGUGAAAAGUGUCAUCAUUUUUUUGUUGUGCUAUCUGAAGCAGACUCAAAGAAAAGCAUAAUUAAAGAACCUGAAUCAGCAGCAGAAGCUGUAAAAUUGGCAUUCCAACAGAAACCACCACCUCCCCCUAAGAAGAUUUAUAACUACCUCGACAAGUAUGUUGUUGGCCAGUCAUUUGCUAAGAAGGUGCUUUCAGUUGCUGUGUACAAUCAUUAUAAGAGAAUAUAUAAUAAUAUCCCAGCUAAUCUGAGACAGCAAGCAGAGGUUGAGAAGCAGACAUCAUUAACACCAAGAGAGUUAGAAAUAAGAAGACGGGAGGAUGAGUACAGAUUUACAAAAUUGCUUCAGAUUGCUGGAAUUAGCCCACAUGGUAAUGCUUUAGGAGCAUCAAUGCAGCAACAGGUAAAUCAACAAAUACCUCAGGAAAAACGAGGAGGUGAAGUAUUGGAUUCUUCUCAUGAUGACAUAAAACUUGAAAAAAGUAAUAUUUUGCUGCUUGGACCAACUGGGUCAGGUAAAACUCUGCUGGCACAAACCCUAGCUAAAUGCCUUGAUGUCCCUUUUGCUAUCUGUGACUGUACAACUUUGACUCAGGCUGGAUAUGUAGGCGAAGAUAUUGAAUCUGUGAUUGCAAAACUACUCCAAGAUGCCAAUUAUAAUGUGGAAAAAGCACAACAAGGAAUUGUCUUUCUGGAUGAAGUAGAUAAGAUUGGCAGUGUGCCAGGCAUUCAUCAAUUACGGGAUGUAGGUGGAGAAGGCGUUCAGCAAGGCUUAUUAAAACUACUAGAAGGCACAAUAGUCAAUGUUCCAGAAAAGAAUUCCCGAAAGCUCCGUGGAGAAACAGUUCAAGUUGAUACAACAAACAUCCUGUUUGUGGCAUCUGGUGCUUUCAAUGGUUUAGACAGAAUCAUCAGCAGGAGGAAAAAUGAAAAGUAUCUUGGAUUUGGAACACCAUCUAAUCUGGGAAAAGGCAGAAGGGCUGCAGCUGCUGCAGACCUUGCUAAUCGAAGUGGGGAAUCAAAUACUCACCAAGACAUUGAAGAAAAAGAUCGGUUAUUGCGUCAUGUGGAAGCCAGAGAUCUGAUUGAGUUUGGCAUGAUUCCUGAGUUUGUAGGACGGUUGCCUGUGGUGGUUCCAUUGCAUAGCCUAGAUGAGAAAACACUUGUACAAAUAUUAACUGAGCCACGAAAUGCUGUUAUUCCUCAGUACCAGGCCUUAUUCAGCAUGGAUAAGUGUGAACUGAAUGUUACUGAGGAUGCUUUGAAAGCUAUAGCCAGAUUGGCACUAGAACGAAAAACAGGUGCACGAGGCCUUCGGUCCAUAAUGGAAAAGCUGUUACUAGAACCAAUGUUUGAAGUCCCUAAUUCUGAUAUCGUAUGUGUGGAGGUUGACAAAGAAGUAGUAGAAGGAAAAAAGGAACCAGGAUACAUCCGGGCUCCAACAAAAGAAUCCUCUGAAGAGGAGUAUGACUCUGGAGUUGAAGAAGAAGGAUGGCCCCGCCAAGCAGAUGCUGCAAACAGCUAAACUGUCAUAUUGCUGUCUUGUAUAUACAGCUUUUCCUUCUUUUGUUUAGGAUCAUAAUUGUCUCUACAGUCUGAUAUUAAAGGCAUUGGAUCUAUCUUGGAUAUCAUACGUGGUCAGAGAAGCCUUUAGGAGAAGAAUCAGAUCAUGUAUAUAAUUGUAACAUCACAUUGAUUUUACGGAGGAUGUUAUAUGGACUUUAAUGACACAAUGUUUAGAGAUAAAAUGUACAUUAUUUUGGUUCAGUUUUUUAAAAAAAAAAUGCUUUAACAAAAUUCUUAGGAAUUCUUUUAAGCAAUGCAGGUAUUGCGAUAACUGUAGAUUUUACAAUAAUGUUACUCUACAAAUGGGAAAAUAAAUUCUUUAAAAUUGAAUAUUGAGAUACCAUUCUUUAGUGUUACCUUUUUUACCCACAUGUGUUUCUGAAAAUAUUGAAAUUUUAGGCCGGGCGUGGUGGCUCACGCCUGUAAUCCCAGCACUUUGGGAGGCCGAGGCGGGUGGAUCACGAGGUCAGGAGUUCAAGACCAGCCUGGCCAAGAUGGUGAAACCCCAUCUCUACUAAAAAUACGAAAAAUUAGCUGGUGCCGUGGCAGGCGCCUGUAAUCGCAGCUACUCGGGAGGCUGAGGCAGGAGAAUCGCUUGAACUCGGAGGGCAGAGGUUACAGUGAGCUGAGAUCGUGCCACUGCACUCCAGCCUGGGCGACAGAGUGAGACUCCGUCUCAGGGCGAAAACAAAAAAUUGGACCAGGUAGUUUUCAAGUAGUUAAACAUUUCAUUGAAAAAUACCCUGAAGAACUAUAUUUUGAUAAUUGGUUUAGCUGUAUUCCUAGUCUUAUCUGCUAAUGCAUGACACUAACUUCCCAAUUGGUUCUGUAAAAAAGGCCAUUUUCUUACCAAGUUGUCUGAUUUAUUUACCAUCUUUUUUUUUUUUUUUUUUUUGAGCAGAGUCUCACGCUGUCCCAAGCUGGAGUGCAGUGGUGCGAUCUUGGCUCACUGCAACCUCCGCCUCCCAGGUUCAAGCAAUUUUCCUGCCUCAGCCUUCCGAGUAGCUGGGAUUAUAGGCACGCACCACCACACCUGGCUAAUUUUUGUAUUUUUAGUAGAGACAGGGUUUCACCCUGUUGGCCAGGCUAGUCUCUAACUCCUGACCUUGUGAUCUGCUGGCCUCAGCCUCCCAAAGUGCUGGGAUUGCAGGCGUAAGCCACCACACCCAGCCUUAUUUACCAUCUUUAAUCCAUUUUAGUACUAUGGGUGAGUACAUGGAAUUGAAGUCUAGCUUAAAUCUUCAGAAAGUUAUAUAUCUAUUUUAUUUUAUUUUUUUGAGACAGAGUCUCGCUGUGUCACCCAGGCUGGAGUGCAGUGGCACAAUCUUGGGUCACUGCAACCUCUGACUCCCAGGUUCAAGCGAUUCUCAUGCCUCAGCCUCCUGAGUAGCUGGGACUACAGGCGUGCACCACCACACCUGGCUAAUUUUUUGUAUUUUUAGUAGAGACGGGGUUUCGCCAUGUUGCCCAGGCUGGUCUCUCCUGAGCUCAGGCAAUCCGGCCACCUUGGCCUCUGAAAGUGCUAGAAUUACAGGCAUGAGCCACCGCAUCCAGCCAGAAAGAUACAUAUCUAAUUCUAGAAAUAGCAUGCAGUAUCAGUCAUAGUAACAGCCAUGUGCUGACCUAAAUAAAAUUUCUUGAUAUUGUGUAUUUAACCUGAAGUAUUGAGCUAGUUUUUUUGUUUUGUUUUUUGGUGCUGAACAUUUUGGUCUAAUUCUUUGGCUUCUUAGAACAUUUAAAAAAAUCUAUGUUUUGCUAUCAGCCAAAGUAAAUGUGUUCACACUAACAUAUAAGUUACUAACCUUCAUUAUACAGCAAAGCUAAAAAGUGGUGGGAUAUUUGGGGUCUUAAUGAAAAUUGUAUCAUUUAAUUCCAUAAAUAUUAAAAUAUUUGGGUACCUUUUAAGCUUUUUUUCUUUCCUUCUAUAAUGGUGGUACAAGUUCUAUAUUCAUUCAGUUUAAUCUCAUUUGAAAUUGUUUAAAUCAGAGUACAUGUAAAUAUUUGGUUUUUUUUUUUUUUUGGUUUAUAGACUCGAGCUUUCCUUUUACACUGUUUUUUUUUUUAGGGAAAAACUGAAGCUAUUAGGAAAUUCUAAAUCUUGUUGAUGAAGAGUUGGGCUUUCUAUGAUAUAAUUAAUAAAAGGGAUGUAUGGUAUUUAUGGCUGGGUAGGACCAGAAAUGUACUUUGUAUUACAGAGUGUUAAGGCUGGUUGCUAUAGUGUGGAACAGAAACACCUCUCCUUGGUCUCCCUAGUAAUGGUUCAAGUUCUUCCCAGGAAGUCUUACAUAUUAUAACUUUGUUCAUUAUCUUUCCCUUAUAGCAUCAUUUUCCUUUUUGUAGAGUGGAAAUCAGACUAGCUGCUAAACAUAUUAAGGGUAAUCCUCCAGAAAUGGACUGGGGAGGCAUUUUAGUCACAACAACUUACAUUUGGCUUUGGAAGUUGUUAACAAAGCAUAAUCGAUGUUUUUAAAUCAAACAUAAUUUGUAUCUUGGAACUUACAUUUUGACAUUUGAAUAAAACAAAAAGACUAAAUGAAA